AUGACUUCGGGAAACCGUCUGAAGUUUGUCCUCAUCAGCUUAACCGCCUGGACUGUUCUUUCAUCGGUGGGUGGUGAGGGGACCGGCAUCGGCGGGGAUGGAACCAGGUUCCGACGGCGUAGAGAUGACCACGGCGGUUAUCCGGACGAGAACGAGGUAACCACAUGUAAUUGCGCGUCGCAGUCAUCCAACCUUGAAUGUAAAACACCAAUUUCAGAUUGUGACGAAGACGAAGUACACCUCGAUGGCUCGUGUUACCGUUUCGAGACGGUUGAAAAAUCACGUGAUGAAUCUGUGCAGGAUUGUAUACAGCAUAACAGCCACCUUGUAUACGUAGAGACACGUGAAGAACAGAGAUUUCUGGCUACCAACCUAUCUGGAGACGAUUCGUUGAAAAAUACAGAUUAUUGGUUGGGACUGGUUUCCGUAGAUGUGACAUAUAUCUGGAUGGACGGGAAUACAUCAAUAGCUUCAGGGUUGCUUCCAAUCGAGGACGUUGGUGGCAACUGUGUUUUUCUUACUCAGUUUUGGGGAUAUGUGGAUUCUUGCUACAAGGCUUUUAAAUGGAAAACACGUGACGAAGCCUCUGCUGCGUGCAGUGCCUGGGGAGGACACCUGCUGUACAUCGAAACGGACGAGGAACUGGAGUACAUACAAAGUCAUUUUCCCAAUGGAAAAUACUGGAUAGGUCUGAAUGUUACUCGCACGUAUCAAUGGAUGGACGGAACCCCAGCCCUGUUUGACACAUUUGAGUCUUCUAACGGCAACCACGGUAACGAAUGCUUUCGGAUGACACAUGAAGGAGACUUCAAUUGGAAUGACUUUCAGUGUGAUCGACUAUUUGGUCAUAUUUGUGAACGAAGAACUCCGAGAUCAUUUGUACCAGAUGCAGGGACUGAUUGGUGCCAGUCUUCAAUUCCUUAUGAUUUGAUGCGUCUUACUGAGCAUGGUGCCCUGUAUUUUAAUGCCGGCGACGGUAGCUCAACUCCUGUGCUCCGUAUAUGUAAUACUGGAGAUAAUGUCGAGGGAUGCAGCUGCUACAAGGAAACCGAUGGAACGGUUGAAUGCAGCUGUGGCUUUUGCAAUAUCAAUAUCAAAGAUCCAGAAGUAGUGUGGCCGUCUGGUUUCAAUUGUUCAUGCUCCAGUAGCUUAUACGAGACGAAUUUCACUAUCAUAAAACCAGGAGAAGACGCUGGAUUCCAAUGUCCAUCGGAUGGAACGUCUGCAACACCAAUUUCAACAGGUUCACAGAUGACAACCAGCAUGUCACCGGUUCCGACUACUACUGAUGAUAGCACUCUACCGCCCUCUACCACUGCUGGUGUGAAGACUAGUCCAGGCGAAAAUGCGGCUAGCAACGGCGGUGCAAUUGCUGCUGGUGUCAUUCCAGCCAUAGUAUUUGUUGUGCUGCUGCUCGUUGUGGCGUGCUUUGUUUGGAGGAGAAAGGGAAGAAAACUAUCAGAGGAAAGGUCGGAGAGAUCUGGCAAUUUACGAGCAGCAAAGAACCCCGGGGCUUCAGGACAAACUGAAACUGACAACCCUACAUACGGCUUUGAUGAAAUCGAGCUCUCAAAGCAAAACGAUCUGAUCUUGAAACCAGUUCAAGGCGUUUGUGUCCAUGGCGCCCGCAACCCAACGUAUGCCAUCGGAGACGAACGAGAAAACUCAGUAGAUUAUACUUACAUAAAGGCGCCUGAUGUUAAGAGCGAGUCUCGGACAAAUACCUACACAGACAUCCAACCAAGGGGUUAUGAAGCGUAUCGCCCCAAUCCUCAACCAGAUCCUUACACGAGCUUAAAGGGCGCCAUCAAGGAUCACAACGAAAUUGACGACCCAGCGAUUUACACGCCGAACCCAGAUAACACUGGAGAGAGUUACGCCACUAUCGCCUCCAGCGGCUACACUGCGUAUAACCCCACCACCAAGCGAGACGAUGACGUGUACACCGAUCCUAAGAGUACCAGGGACACUAAUGACGACGACCCGCUGGUGUACACGCCAAUACCAAACAACGACCGAGGUAAACCAACGAAGAAAGUCACUGAUGAUGACGAUGAUAGGUAUGUUGGUCUGGAGGAUGUUGUCCCGCAACGUCCUGUCGCGGCUACUUCGACAACAACCCCAUCGGCUCCAAGAGGCAGUGACGACGAUUACGUAGAUUUCGAUGCCGAACCCCGUGUGCUGAAGCCAAUCGUAUCACCGAAAAAGAAGAGUGGUGAUAAUGGGAACUACGUCGGCAUGGAUGUUCCCACCUCAGAGGGGAACGAGGGCGAUGACAGCUCGACCCCGGAUGACGACUACUACUUCAAGCUUAAGAACUCCAAUGCUCCUCAUGAUGUAGAUACUGAGGCCGUCAAAACCACACAAGAGGAUCAUACAUACAAGUCAUUGGAUAUCAAUGCAAGAAAGAUAGCCCCUCGCCAUAACAACGCAGUCGUCCCUGACAACAACACAUACAACACAGUCGACCGCACCCCUAUGAGACACGAUGUACCCAAGGGCACUGGUCAGUCUCCCGCACAUGGCAAUAUUCACGGCAAGGGUAACGCCAAGGAUACCAACGCGUACGACGUCAUCAACCGUACCGGCCGUGGCGUGAAACACCCCGUAAUAGCGGCUGACGAUGGAGACUACAGUCUCACGGUUCCAGUACCCAGAGACGACACCUACAACUCCUUCGAUCGUUCCCACCACAACAGAAAUAACAAGUCGAGACCGAAAAAUCAGGCUUCUGAGAACGAGUACGGCUCGCUCGAGAACACCGACGAUGGCGAAUACUCUACGCUCAACUAGAUCUGUAGAAGUAUGGUGGCUUGAAAAGACACCUGCAGAUAAUGUCAUAAAUGCAAGAUAGUUGGGUGGGGGAAUCUGCGAUAUUGCAAAUACUGCAGACGGAAAUACUAGCGACCAUGGUGUGCCUUAG